AUGAAGAGUAAAGGCAAGGAUGUUGAAGGUGUUCUUGAAGUGUCUGAAAGAUCAAUUAUUCCAUCAACUGUACUUGAAUCUCCUAUUCAAAAUCCACGUCCUAUAUCUGCUGUCUCUGGUAUUUUUGAAGAGGAUGUGUUACUUGAUGAUGUUAUUGAUGAGGAGGAAGAUAUUGAAGAGGAUGAUGAAGAAGAGGAUGUUGAUGAAGAAAAGACAGAUGAUGCAGACAAUGUAUUCUCUGCUAGUAGUCACAGUGAUGAUGAUAAUGAUGACGAUGGUCAGGGUGGUAUAGGGAUUAAAGUUACAGAAGCGUCAAAUGAAGAAAACAUCGAUGAUUAUAUUCAUGAUGAUGUGAAUGAAGAACCUGAGGAUGCUACAGGUGAGGGGGAGAACGUUGAUGAUCAAAAUGUUGAUAAACGAGAAAAGUGA